AUGACGCGGCCUCUCAACUGGCUCCUGACACCAAUACCUAUUCUCAAAUUAUGUCAAACGGCCUCCCUUCUUCUUGCUACUUGCCUCUUUCUCUUCACAUUCAUCAGAGUUCGACGAGUCGGAAUCAACUGA